AUGAUUAAACCAAAUAAAACCUCAAAUCCAAAGGAAAGUAAAUAUGGCUUAUCUGUUCUGGAUACUUUGUUAAAUCGCGACGUUUACGAUGUUUCAAUAAAUGAAACAACGUCCGAAAUAAGGCGCGCAUAUUCAGAUUCUGACAAUAAUUCACACCUCGUAUCAUCAUCUUCUUCUCACAUUUUAUCAGAAAAUGGGAUCCCUAAUAGCACCUUGGAAUCGCCGCUGUUUACAGAAACCAAAACUCCAACCACCAGAUCGGAGCAACUUCCCAUACUUUUAGCUAGAAACUAUUAUACAGCACCACCUUGUUUGUUAAGAUUUGUAAACACAUCCUCUACUAUUAGAUCUUAUAAAGAAAGGAAAAGGGAUUCAGAUGGGACCAUAUUGGAUAAUGAGUUUGAUCCCAUCAUUGAUUGUAAUGUCGAUACCAACGAUGAAAUGGAUGACUACAGUUUAAAUGAAAACGAUGUCGAAACAUUCUCUAUUGGAACUAUGACUAAUAGAACUUCGUUGAUGAGUGAUCAACAGUUUCAUGAUGCAGAUGACCUUGCUUAUAUGAACAUGGGUCCUCUAGAGUUAAAUCUCGUUUUGCAAAGUGUUUCUUCAAAACAAGACAAUCACUUAGAUAAGGGUUGUUCACCCAUUGUUAUUCAAAAAUCUAGGAAUUCGAAUCAGAAUUCUAAGGUGACAGUUGAUAUUGGAACCAGUCCUCUUUUAGUGCAUGAGUCUGAAUUAUUUGAUAAAUGGGUUUCGACCGAUAAAUUAGACGAAUAUACCGAAAUAAAAGUAGAAGAUCCUGAGAUAAAACUAGAGCCCACCACUAUGGAUUCGUACCCUUCAGAACCACAGUCAAACAGUUUAAUUACUACUGACGUAGAUGUUACCCCUUCUGAGUUCUCGGAGAAUAAGGAUACUAUCAAUUCUAACGAGUAUUCUACCCUUGAGUCUGGGGAUUUUUCAAUAAUAAAUCAAGAAUUACCAAAAGAAAACCAAAUUCCAGUUUAUUGCAGGAGUCUUCUUUACAGAAUUAGAGUUCCUCUUUCAAAGAGGCUCAAAAACAUAAACGAGGACGCUCUCAACAAUAGUUUGAGUUCUCCUCUUCAUUCUCCUACAAAAGUCAAUUUAAGUUGCGAUCGUCUAUUUACAUCAAAAAACAAAUCUCAAAAUCCAAUCGACUAUUCGUAUUCACUUUUAAGUGUUAGGGAUUUAGAGCCUAAUGGUUCCGAAUCCUCAAAUUUGUUGUCGAAUACAAACUACGAUUUUUCAAAAAAUAAGGUCAAUAGGCCUAAUAAAAUCAAGAGAAACUUGACUAGCUCACUAGGCUCUCAAGGCCGUAACAAAAUGAGGAAACGGUCCCGGCCUUUAAAAGGAUAA